UUGGCAUCGAUAAGAAUUAAGAGAGCAACUUUGCAUCAACUGCAGCUCCCGCUUUUGUUUCUAUUGGACUUUUUUUUGUUAAUAUAUUAACUAAUAAAUUGUUAAAUAAAAUGCAGGAGUGUCCAUACGGCGAGAAAUGUUAUCGCAAGAAUCCCAUUCAUUUUGGAGAAUAUUCCCAUGCACACUUGGAUGCAAUUUAUGCCAACGGCUGCAAUGGGGAUAACAAUGAGUAUGACAUACCCGCCAAGUAUUCCAGUGAGCUAAUCAAUAUACAGCUUAAGCUUUUGGAGAAACUAUUCCCGCAGUUAGCCGGAAAGGAAGUCAAGGGCAAGCCGACAGCUGUUUCCAAGCCGGCAACAAAGAAGGUCUCAGCACCCGCAGCCAGCACUAGUCGAGCCGCUGCUUCUGACCAAGCCAACACUAGUAGAGCCGCUGCCUUUCACCAAGCUAGCACUCAGAAGGACACAUCACAUCUCGAAAAGAAGCCAAAGAUAGAGCGCAAUGUUCGCGACUACGUUGCUGUUGUGGUAGAGAAGGGACGCAUGGCUCGGAAGCUGGAGCAAGCAGCGCCCUAUAAUAUGUUUCUCACAGCCAUCACAGACUCGAAACCCACACAUCAGGAGCCACUCAGCAUUACACUGCAGGAGAUAUUCGAUGAGAGUCUGGGCGAGAUUGAGUCGACUGUGCAAAUCAAUUUUAUGAUAGACAUAGGCUGGCUGCUGGGCCAUUAUUACUUUGCGGGCAUUCUUUCCAAGCCUCUAUUGGUGCUCUAUGGUGCUGAAAAUCCGGACCUGGUUGAAAUUGGAAAAUUUAAGCCACAGGUUACAGCGAUUAAAGUGCAAAUGCAAUCUCCAUUUGCCACAUCGCAUACGAAGAUGAUGCUACUUGGCUAUACAGAUGGAUCAAUGCGUGUUGUCAUAUCUACGGCUAAUUUGUACGAGGACGAUUGGCACAACCGCACGCAGGGCUUGUGGAUAAGUCCACGGUUGCCUGCACUGCCCGAAGAUGCAGAUACAACAGCUGGCGAGAGUCCUACAGGCUUUAAGCAGGAUCUUAUGCUAUAUUUGGUGGAGUACAAGUUGUCCCAUCUGCAGCCGUGGAUUGCGCGCAUACGCAAAAGUGAUUUCAGCGCCAUCAAUGUCUUCUUUAUUGGAUCGGUGCCUGGCGGACAUCGUGAGGGCGCUGUGCGUGGCCAUCCUUGGGGCUGUGCACGUCUUGGUUCGUUGCUGGCCAAGCAUGCAACGCACGUGGAGCCCGAUAUACCUGUUGUCUGUCAGAGCUCCAGCAUUGGCAGCCUGGGUGCGAACAUUCAACCCUGGAUAGAGCAGGAUAUUCUCAGCAAUUUUCGCAAGGAUUCAACGCCAGUAUGGCGACUGAGUCAGCUACCACCGUUUAAGAUGAUCUAUCCCAGUUUUGGUAAUGUGUCGCGCAGUCACGAUGGCAUGCUCGGUGGCGGUUGUCUGCCCUAUGGAAAGAGCACAAACGACAAACAGCCCUGGCUCAAAAAUUAUCUGCAUCAGUGGAAAUCCGGAGAUCGACAUCGCUCGCAAGCUAUGCCACAUAUCAAGACCUAUACUCGUUUCAAUUUGGAGGACCAGUGCGUCUAUUGGUUUGUGCUCACCUCGGCGAAUCUCUCGAAAGCCGCCUGGGGCGCCUUUAACAAAAAGUCAAAUUUACAGCCUUGUCUACGCAUCUAUAACUACGAGGCGGGUGUUCUGUUUUUGCCAAAAUUUGUGACUGGAAAAGACACUUUUCCUUUGGGCAAUGCACGUGAUGGUGUGCCUGCGUUUCCCUUGCCUUAUGAUGUUCCUUUAACACCAUAUGGACCAGAUGAUACACCUUUCCUUAUGGAUUAUUUGCACGAAUGAAAUAUUUUUCAUAUUUGUGAAGCAUUAUUAAACUUAUUUUUAUUGUUAAAAUCAUUAAAGGAGAA